CAGAUUGAAGAACUGUCCGUUACAAGCUGAUUCAAAUCCGACGCUGCGGUCAGCUGCAGUCCUCGACUUCAAAAAUAUUUAAAUAAUAAUGGAGGACUACAUUAAUAUACACUUCCUGAAAGUUUGUAAGAUCUAAGAGGGCUGUACAUUUAACUCCAAGAUGAUUUGGCUUUUGUUAUUUAUUAUCCAUGAAACAUCAGCUAAUAAUGGCAAUACGGUCUUAAGAGAUUUGGGGAAAAAAGAGUAUUCCUUGAUAAAAGCAAAAUCAUCAUUGCCGCAACAUGGAAAAUGUUGGCAUGCUGCGCUCCGAACAUUGGAGAGCAACUGCGAUAAAUUGAAUGAUCACGAACAUUCGCUUCUUGCCCUUCAACUAGCAAAUUGCUUCUUAGAGGAUUCUGGUCACGCAACCUACAAUUGCCAUUGCAGUGAAACAGAAGACGAGCGUCGAAAAUGCAUUGGCGACAUGACAGACCGAGCCUUUAGUGUUUACAAUGAAUUCUACACUCAUGCAACUCAUAUCUGUUUCUUUUUGAACCAUGAAGCUUGGCAAACUGAAGUUGAAAAUACCAUAAAGCUAUUGUUUCAAGUAUCUUCCCGAAUGAAGGAUCAAUUGUUAGAAGCAUCGGAAAUGCAAGGUGUAAUUUUGAACAGUCAAAAGGAGGGUUUACGUAUUCAAAACGAGCUUUUAGAUCAUGGCAAGGAACUCGGAACUGUACUAAAGACUUCAUCUGAUACAGUCAGCAAUAUGGUGUCGGAUUUCAAAGAAUCGGCUAAAGAUCAGAAGGAGCUACUUUAUGAGAUCUUCUCAUAUAUACGUACUUUCCAAAGCUGGAUUAUCGGAGAAGUGUCUUGGUUUCAAUCUAUUAUAUUUUAUACUGUCAGUUGCAUUCUCUGCGCGUUAUUUAGUUCUUCUAGAAGAACGGUUGAUGCAAGAGUUGCGCUCUUUAGUAUCCUAAGUUUGAAUAUAGUGAUUGAAAGAAUACUUGUUCAAUAUUAUGAUAAGAUUAUUCUUCAAUCUCCAGAUGAUAAGGUGCACCUGCUAAGUACAACAUGGUUGUGCAGAAAAAUUGCCUUAAUACUUUGUGCUAUAACAUUAUUCUGUACAUAUUACUAUUAUAAAGAUGGACAAUUAGAGAAUUAUAAGGCUUUACAAAGAAUCGAGCAGCAGUUGAAUAUCAUACAGAAAAUUCCAAUUAUUUCCAACAUUGACCAACCAAUUCGUUACUCGAAACGGCUUGCGUUGAAACGUUCUCAUACAGUUUCUGAUAAAUAGGAUAUCGCUGAUGUUAAAAAUAGAAAAUAACUUUAAAUUAAAAAAAAAUUGUCAUAUAUAUGUACAUAUUUUAAUAAGAUAAUUGUACAAAUGGAAAUAAAGAUAUCU